AUGGAAGGGAAGAAAAUUCGACACCAAAGGAAGGUUGUGGGAUUGGCGAUAUUGUUAAUCAAUGACCAACAAGAUGAUAUUAAUCCAAGCACUUUCACAUGUGAUUUCUGCGUUGAGUCAAAGCAUCUGCAAGAGUCAUUCAAGGUGAAGGGUUGCAGCCAUUUUUAUUGCGACCAAUGCAUUGUCAAAUUCGUAGUGUCCAAGCUCCAAGACAAUGUGACAUCCAUUAUGUGCCCUGUGCCAGGCUGCAAGGGCAUGUUAGACCCGGAGCACUGCCGUCCAAUUCUCCCGAACCAAAUUUUCGAUCGGUGGGGCAGUGCCUUGUGUGAAGCUGUGGUUAUGGGGUCUGAGACUGACAAGUACUUGUACUGUCCCUUCAAGGAUUGCUCAGCGUUGUUGGUUUAUGAGAAUGGCACCAAACGGGCUGUGUGUGCAUCAGUGUGUCCUCAUUGCAAGAGAGAGUUGUGCCCUAGUUGUAAGGUUCCUUGGCAUACUGCAUUCGAUUGUAUCCAGUUUCAGAAACUAAAUGAUGAUGAUAUGGUCAAGGUCGGUUAUGUAGAUUAUAGUACUCUUGCUGCUUAA